AUGCCAGGAAUGAGUUUGAAGUUAGUAUUAGCGUGGUUAUGUUUUGUUAUGGUGUGGUUUGGUGUGGUAUUGGGUAGUAGUGAUAGCAGUACUAGCUUAGAUAAAAUGGAGUUAUCGCCAAAUACCGAAUUGUCGACUGAGACAGCUUGUUUAUUAGGUGAAAGUAAUCCAUGCGUAGAAAUGGAUAAUUUGCAUUUAUCUGGCCUAGAUAACUUCAAUAGCGAAAUGUCAGAACACCAAAUACACAUUAUGAAGGAAAGAAUAACUGCUUGUUUGGAAUGGAUGGGUAUAAUAGUUCAUCCUUUGGUAGGAAACCGGUUGAUAGAAUCUCGCAAUCCAGAUGGCUCCAUAGGCUGGAUUUUUGAGAUGAAUUCAAUAGAGGAUCGAAUGCGAGUGGUAGAAGAUAUGCAGGCAAAUGAACUAAUAGACUAUUUGGAUGAAUUGAAAGGAAUACCAGGCGUACGUAAAGUCGCCACCAUAUAUCGCCGCCAGGCACUGAAAAUAGAAACUAACAGUUUUCAUAUUCUCCCAACCCCCAACUCAACUUUCAAGCCAACUAGUACUAACCCAAAUGAGGAAUCGAUAACCUACCAACAGUGUCUAGAAGACCUACAACCCCUGAAAAAGAUCACUAGUCCGAAUCCGAUAAGGAUUGUCGGGGGGCCAGCGAAAAAGGUGAUACUAGACCAACUUGAGCUGCUAUUGUUUCUACUGCGGAUUGCGGAUAGUCCUACAAUCGAAAUAGACUGGCUAGACGUGUAUAUGUCCUCGUUUGAUGCGAAAUCAAUAGAUAGGUUUAAACCUUUACUGAAGGAUAUCCCCGCGAAGCUGAAAAAGAGCGAACUUGUUAUUAAUAUCAUUAGUGCAUGUGAUCAUGUGCUUUGGGGCGCCUUCCUUAAGUUGGUCGGCGAAAAAUACGAUAUUAAAAUGACGUUUAUGGAAGGUUAUCCGACAGUGUCGCUUAAUGCCAACUCAACUUAA